AUGGGGAACACUUUCCUCAACUUAGCUCUUCUUAUCAUCUUCCAUUUUUCUGUGGCUACUUUCUCCAUGAAGUUAACCAAUAUAGUUACAGACCAGUCGGCUCUUCUUGCAUUGAAAGAUCAUGUUACUCACGAUCCUGAAAAUGUCUUAGCGAAUUGGUCAGCUUCCACCCCUGUUUGCAAUUGGCUUGGUGUGAGUUGCGGAUCCAAGCACCGUAGGGUCACAGUCCUAGACCUUAUCGGGUUGGGACUCGCAGGCACCCUUCCACCCCACCUAGGAAAUAUGUCAUUUCUUUCUCUUCUGUACAUCACAUACAACAGUUUUCAUGGCAGAUUACCUGCUCAAUUAUCCAACUUGCAACGCCUGAAAUAUUUGAACUUCGGUAACAACAACUUCUGUGGAGAAAUCCCAUCGUGGUUGGGAUCAUUAACUCAACUUCGGGAAUUGUCUCUGUACCAUAACAACUUCAGUGGUAUCAUUCCAUUAUCCUUAGGCAAUUUGUCAAAGCUAGAGGAGUUGCGCUUGUUUGAAAACCAGAUUUCAGGCCCAAUACCUUCCAUCGUCUUCAAUAUAUCUUCGUUGCAAAUGAUUGCUCUAGGCAAUAAUAUGCUCUCUGGUCCUCUACCCUCUUUUCCACGCAAUUUGCCUUCUUUAGAAUACAUCAAUUUUGCCUACAAUAAUCUCACUGGUCAUAUACCAAAAGAUAUGUUUGAUCAUCUUCCGAAUUUGAAAGAUCUGAUUUUAAAUGUUAACAUGCUUUCCGGUAGAAUUCCAGCCAAUUUAUUCAAAUGCAAAAAGUUGGAAAUGAUAUACUUAACAAGAAACCAAUUGGAGGGGAGUCUACCGGCAGAAGUCGGAAAUCUGAGCAUGCUUCAAUACUUCUUCAUGAGCCGUAUGAUUCCACGACAGAUUGGCAACCUACAGAAUCUACAAUAUUUGAGUUUGAGAGUUAACAAUCUUGUUGGUCCAAUUCCUCCUGCAAUAUUCAAUAUAUCAACUCUGCGUCUCAUUUUUCUGUCAUUAAAUCAGCUCUCUGGCAGUCUUCCAUCAAACAUGGGGAUUUGGCUUCCAAACCUUGCGGGAUUAUAUCUCGACAGUAAUCAACUCGUUGGUUCGUUCCCAAUGUAUAUUUCCAAUGCCUCUCGGCUUACUGGUCUCAAUAUGUCACAUAAUUACAUUUCAGGUUAUAUUCCUCACAUUGUUUCCGGUCUAAGAAACUUAGAGAUACUCUACCUGGAUUUGUCGAACAACCAGUUCUCGGGUUAUAUCCCAAUCGGAAUAGCAGAUCUCAAAGACCUCACUUAUCUUUCCUUAUCCAACAAUAGAAUCACAGGUUCUAUUCCCGAGUCAUUUGGUGAUUUGUUGAACUUGGAAACUUUGGAUUUGUCCAGAAAUAGUAUAUCCGGUGAGAUUCCUAAGUCCAUGGAGAAACUUCGCAAUCUCGAAUAUUUCAAUGUCUCUUUCAAUACACUUCAAGGAGAAAUUCUUGAUGGAGGGUCUUUAGGAAACUGGAAUGAUGCCCAAAAUUUGGAUUUUUCCGGAAAUAAUCUUUCAGGUGCAAUCCCAUAUAGAAUCUGUGAUCUAAACAGUGAUUUGAGAUAUCUUGCCCUCAACGGCAAUCAACUGGAAGGGGCACUGCCACUAUCUUUGAUCAAUUGCAGUGAGCUGAUGAUUGGUCUCUCUCGUAACGACUUCACUGGCAUAUUGCCAACCAAGUUGUUCCAAAAUCUCAAGGCUCUGAAAGAAGCAACUGGAUACGGAAAUGAUGAUGAUUACAGCAUAGAUUUAUCGAUCAACGGAUUCCAUGGAGAAAUCCCUGACGCAAUUGGAGAGCUUAGGUUGCUUCUAGCACUCAAUCUCUCGCAUAACACCCUAACCGGCCCUAUACCGCCAUCAUUCGGGAAUUUGACAGCACUUGAAUCGUUAGAUCUCUCGUUCAACAAGCUGAGUGGCAAAAUCCCUUCCCGGUUGACGAAUCUGACAUUUCUUGCAGUGUUGAGGUUCCAGAACAACAAUCUCGUCGGAGCCAUUCCCCGUGGCAAGCAAUUUGAAACAUUCGAGAACGAUUCGUAUACAGGGAACUUGGGUUUGUGUGGAUUCCCAUUAUCGGAGGAAUGUAGCAAUGAUGAGACACCAGAACCAGCAGCAGGAGAUGAACGAGGUAACGGUAAAGGGAUAGCCUUUAUUUGGAAAGUUGUAAUGAUGGGGUACGGGAGCGGAAUGGUAUUGGGAAUUAGCACUGCAUACGUUGUAUUCACAACAGGAAGACCAUGGUGGUUGGUCAGAAUGAUUGAAAGAGAUUUGAAAGAGAAGAUUGCGAGCUGGAUUCGGAAGAAAAAUAGAAACUAG